AUGAAUCGGUCCUCGACCUUAACCAAGUUGUACCCCAACAUCAAUUUAGAUUUAGAGAAAAGUAUAGCACCACAGAACAAACGUAAAAAGUCGUCUGUAAAAAGAGACUGUCGUAAAAAGACUGAAAUAUUUUGGAAAAAUUGUGCUGAGAAACUAAAUGCUUCUGGAGGAUCCAAUAAAACUCCAGAGCAAUGGAAAAAAUGCUGGGCGGACUGGAAGCUAUCGGUAAAAAAGCAAGCAACUGCAAUGAAGCGCUUUUGUGAACAAACUGGCAAUCCACCGGAUAGUAAAGGGCUGAAAGCUCUUGAAGGAGCGGAUAAAGAAGUGUUAAAGUUGAUUUCGGAGCAUGCAGUGGAUGGGGAUCAAAAUACUCCCGAAGCAGGCAUUCCGUAUCAGCAAUCAGCAGAUUCCUAUGAGAUAGAGUUUUUGGAGAGUGAAGAAAUUAUAGAUAAAAACUUUACUUCUCCAACGCCCACACUGCAAUCAAUAACCGCGUUCUUUACCAUCAGCAGCUAAAAAGAAAAGGAAUGAGACUUGCUUGUCCGAACUCAAGCAAGUAAAGAGCUUCAUUGCUGAACAAAACAAUAGGCAGCACCAAACAUUACAAGAG